AUGGAUCCCGGCUCUGUGGCGGACGCGGGGUGGACCAUUGCGGUGGGAGAUCUACUGGGUAGGAUAGAUGUUGAAGAUGUCGAUGCAUCAUGGGUGACGCCUGCUGCUGCCAAGCACUUUUUCACUCCCACCUCGGCGCCUUUCUCGCAUGCAAUUUCCCAAAACGCUUGGAAGCUGGAGGCUCACGUUGAGAGGGAUGAUCACUCUAUUUUAUAUGGCAGAUCAUCACUCUAUCGAUCUAUCUAUGGAUUGUCACCAGCGGCUUCCACCUGGGUUCUUAUGGUUUUUGAGAUCUCUCUUCGCGAUUUCAACCCAGCAGUCUCGAUACCUCGGCGAAUUCCGGUGUCAAGCCCGCUGUCAAUGAUCCUGCGGGGGUUUACACCGAGCAUGACCCAUAUUCCCCACAGCAUUCAUCUUAGGGGGAAAAAGCAAACAGGAAACGAGCUAGCAGCGCCCUCUUCGCGCUUUUAUUGGCUGGGCACCGCCCCCAAAAACAAAUACGCGAUGGAGCCUCUGCGGGGAAGCUCUCAUAGCUCGGUGCGGAGACAAGCUUGUGGGGAGAUUUCUGCUCAUUUAGCACCUGCCAAGGUGGACAAAAAGUCUUUUACCUCUCCCUUUGUUAGAAAGGUCCGUGGAAGCUCCGCGAAAAGGCCGCUGGCUGAAAAGGCAGUAAAACUCUUAGCACUUCCGCUCUCCCCGCCUAAUUUUACUAGACGCCAUCAUGAGGACAAAGAAAAGGCCUAAUUAGCGAAUUAGUCCGUCUUGGAAGCUUAGGGUGACCGAGGGAACGCCGAUUCCAGCGCAUUUUUUGUUCAUUUGGCCUAAAUGAUGGCUUUACGAUUAGACUCCAAUUCCACUGGCUCGAAAUUUUAACGCCUGUUCCUAGAAGCCUAAGCAGGCUGCCAGUGUAUUUUAGGGCGGAGUUAUGGCGGAGUAUAGCGGAGCAUGUCGGAGUUGAAUGAGGUAUGUUGGGGUAUA